AUGUCUACUCCUUAUAUAGCCCGAACAAUCACGAGCACCAUUCGUCAGGUCGGUCGUUCCAGCCCAAGACCAAGGCCAAUCCACGUAACGGUCCAGCGUCCAGCGUCCACCAAACACCCUAGAGGUUUCGUACCUCCUACCGUUGACGACCUCGCUGAAUUAAGAGAGCGUGUGCAAGAAUUCACUCGACGGGAAAUACCGGAAAAGGUUGCUGCACGGACAGACCGCGAUAAUGAUUUUCCUUCAGACAUAUGGAGGAAGUUCGGGGAAGCAGGCUUUCUGGGUAUCACGGCGGAUGAGGAUUACGGGGGGCUAGCGAUGGGCUAUCAGGCGCAUUGCAUCGUCAUGGAAGAGAUCAGUAAGGCUUCAGGCAGCAUUGGGCUUUCCUACGCUGCACAUUCCCAGCUUUGCAUCAAUCAGCUCUCUCUGAACGGUAACAAUGACCAGAAACAGAGGUUUCUUCCCGGUUUGAUAUCGGGGCAGAAGGUUGGCGCGUUGGCAAUGUCAGAAAACUCCGCCGGCUCUGAUGUGAUCAGUAUGAAAACAACAGCGAGAGCGGUGAAUGGAGGGUGGGUGCUCAACGGCUCCAAAAUGUGGAUCACAAAUGGACCAGAUGCCGACCACAUAGUCGUUUAUGCAAAGACAGAGCCCGACAAAGGCUCCAAAGGCAUUACUGCCUUCAUCCUCGACAGCACAGCCCAAGGCUUUUCCUGCGCUCGCAAACUUGACAAACUUGGUAUGCGAGGGUCCAAUACCGGCGAGUUAGUAUUCGAGGACGUAUUCGUCCCUCAAGAGAACAUGCUGGGUCAAGUGAAUCAUGGCGUUAGAGUCUUGAUGGAAGGGUUGGAUAUCGAGAGACUGGUUCUCAGCGCCGGACCGCUAGGCUUGAUGUCGUCCGCCUUGGCCCUCGUCCUCCCCUACACUCACAGCCGCAUUCAGUUUUCCACACCAAUUGCGCACAACCAACUCAUUCAAGCAAAGCUUGCAGACAUGUACACUAAAUAUCGCGCCUCAUCCUCCUACACGUAUUCCGUCGCCAAUGCUCUUGAUGCCGCUCAUUCUACUCCCAACAAUACUCCAAAUACCAAGGAUUGCGCUGGUGCUAUCUUGUAUGCCGCGGAGAGGGCGACGGAGUGCGCGCUUGAUGCCAUCCAAUUGAUGGGAGGCAUGGGCUAUGUGAAUGAAGUGCCGGCUGGAAGGCUGCUGAGGGACGCAAAAUUAUACGAGAUCGGGGCGGGAACGAGUGAGAUAAGGAGGAUUGUUAUUGGGAGGGCUUUCAAUAAAGAGUACGAUGAGAGCAGGUAG